AUGACAUGGAGAUACUGCGUGCAACCUCAAUUAUCCAGACGGCUUCACUACAGUCGUCACCUGUUUACAUGUCCUCUCUGGCCUGUCGAGGAAGAAACCCUGCCAUGGUACUCACCCGAGAUAUUCUAUCCUGUGAGAGUUGUCGUUGGAAAACUGGGCUACGGGGGUUACUCAACCAUCUGGUUGUCCAGGGAUCUGUGCAAAUGUGUCACGCUGAAAGUCUUGGAGUGCAAUUCGCCAGAAGCACAAAGAGAGAUGUCAGCCUACGAUCAUCUGACUUCACUUAAUGUACCUGAUCAUGCUGGUGCCAAGCUUAUCCGGAAAGCAUUAGAUAGCUUCCAGAUCGCAUCCGAGAAGGGCACGUUCGGAUGUCUCGUCCAUCCACCCCUUGGAAUGAGUUUGCACGAAUUCCGCACCCAACUCCGGGCCAGAGCUGGAAUUGUCCAUACAGAUAUCCAGGCAAAGAAUAUCAUGAUGGGAAUUGAAGAUCCUUCUAUUCUAUCUCACUUCGAAGAAGAAGAAAGAUCCAAUCCCAGCCCUCGCAAAUUUGCUGGCGAUCGGGAGAUCUACACAUCCCGGAAUCUUAGAAACACCAAACCUUCUACUAAUCCGAAAUGGCAACAGACCUGGGAUAUUUUCCAACAAGGACAUCUGUUCUACGGCCGAGGUCCUAACCAAAACCCUUCUGAUGCUCAUCAUCUCGCUGAAAUGGUUGCCAUCAUGGGACUGCCACCGAAAGAAAUGGUGCAGAACAGUACAUAUGCAACCACGUUCUUCGACGCCGAGGAUAUUUGGAAGGGAGCUGUUGAGGUCCCUACUGACUCGCUAGAGAAGCUUGAAGGAAAUCUGCAAGGGCAACCACAGCAACUCUCUCUCCGGUUCCUUCGAGAAGCCCUCAAAUGGAUUCCCAAUGAGCGGAAGUCAGCAAGAGAGCUUUUGGCCGAUCCCUGGUUACGGUCAUCAUAA